AAUACAAUCCUCACUCGCCAUCCUAGUUAAUCAUGAGGAAUUUCAACAUGCCUACCCUCGCCAUUUCAAUCUUUCUUCUUUUGCCCAUUAAUUUCUUCACACAAAUCGAAGUGGCAUUUGCUGCUGCAUUUCCCCCCUCAGUUGCUUACUUUCAAACUGACUUUUGGUCAAAAAAUGUCAUCAACCCCAUGCCUGAAACAAUCAAAUCAAAACUAUCUCCAUUAUCCUCCCCAGAUUAUGCUAUUAAUUCCACAAUAACUUCAACAAACCAAGAAUCCUUCAACAUGAACGGAUUUUGCUCCAAAGCUAAUCUGGCUUGCACCCCAUUAUCAAAAACCAGUUUAAGGAUGAUUAAGGCUACCAUAAAUGGGUAUUUAGGUUCCCCAACCAGCAAUACGAAUUCACAUGAUGAUGAAUCAGUCGACCCCAACUUCUUCUUUAGGCUCUCAUCAGUUUUCCAAGAAGGGAAACAAAUCCAACUACCCAGCUUUGAUAAAGCAAGUCUUCCUCCUCGCUCGUUUCUUCCAUCCCAUUAUGCAUCCAAAAUAUCUAUCACUAGUUCAAGUGAUCUCCAGAAAAUUUUCCCUGAUUUAUUCGCUUCCAACCCAAUGAAGGAAACCAUUGAAAGGAGUAUUUCAUUUUGUACUUCUCCAUCUCGAGCAGGAGAGAUUAAGACAUGCUCAAAUUCCCUCGAGGACAUGAUACAAUUUUCCAAGCAAACAUUGGGCAGGAGCAGCGGAAAACUACUUGCUUUGACUUCGAAAAGCGAAAAAGGUUCAGGAAAAGAGCUUGAAAUUGGAAAAAUCAAACGACUCCAUACUCAAAAAAUGGUGUCUUGUCAUGAAGUUUUCUAUCCAUUUGCCACUUACUUUUGCCAUUUUCUCCCAUCAUCCACAACUCGCCUCUACGCGGUCGAUUUUGUCGAUCCCGGAACAAAAGCUCAGGUUAACACCAUCCUAGCGCUAUGUCAUAUGGAUACAUCAGCAUGGCCUGCUGAAAACAUGGCUUUGAAGGUAUUGAAAUUAUCUCCGGGUAAAGGCGAAGCAUGUCACUGGUACGGAAAAGAUGAUCUGGUCUGGAUCUAGGUUUGGAAGCUGAUUUUCCAACCUAAUUACUAUUAGGUGCUGUAUCAUGCAUGCCAUGAAUUAUGUACUUUUGAUUUCUUAUCAGUUUCGUUGUCUGUUGUUGUCCUGUGAGUGUUGACCUUUUCAAUGUUUCCAAGUUGAGUCAAUGUAAAAUAAAUAAUGUAUUCUCAUUUUCAUGUGAAAGAAAUGAUUGGAUUGUGGA